AUGGUCCGUCAAGAUUCCGUGAAGAGUUUGAGACCGUUUACGACCCUUCGUCGUCUGAAUCAGUUCCUAUCAGAGCAGCGUCGAUCCAUGAAUGUCUCAGUAUCGACUCCCGAGGGGCACGAAUUGCCUGAGCCGUGGCGUAUCACCCAGGAACUAGUAGAUCGCAUUGGAAGCCACGGCGGUGAAGCAAAUUCAGACGCAGAUCGAGAUUCAGAUAGUCGGAAAUUAGCCAAGGACUUAAAAGUGAAGAAGUACAGGAAGUCAGAAAGAUACAAUAAAUCCAUAUCUGAGGAACUGAAAAGGACCAGGGAGAUGGUUGUCAGGAUGGGUGAAGCGAGGAGAGCGGAGCGACAGGUCGUCGCUCGAAGUUUGGAUGAAAUUAGGACAGAUUUACCGGGCUUGACCCCAUAUGUUAGAAACAAAUAG